AUGGCAAGACCAUUAGCAAAAAUAUGUGACAUCAAUGACACCAAAGAACUUUGGAAAGUUUCUGUUCGUGUGCACCACAAAUGGACAGUUGUUUCGAACAAGAGGGAGCAUUUUGAGAUGAUUUUUGUUGAUGUAUCGGGUGGUGACAUACAUGUUGUUGUUCCUGCACCACAUGUUCAGGCUAAUGUUGCGGCUUUCAGACCUUCGUCUCAUAAGUUUAUGUUGAAGUUUACUGCUGGCACUACGGUUACGGAUGAUAACAACGCGGAAAUACAUCCCAAGUCGCUGGUGUUUACUAAAUUUACUGAUAUAAUAAACGGCAACUUUAACAAGGAUGUGCUAAUAGAUGUCAUUGGUAUGGUGGAAAGUAUUGGGUAUUCACAGACCACAUCAGGUGCCCGGAAGCAGCAGAUUAACAUGAUGCUGCGUGACGGGGGUGAGAAUUCUAUCAAUUGCACGCUUUGGGAAUCCUAUGCUGAACAAUUCAUGAAGUUCAAGCAGGAGCGCGUAGAUAAUUCUGAGUUCGGGGGCUCGAUGUUCAUUGGAUUCAGCCUAAGACUGAUCCUGGGGCCUGGAUUGAAGGAACACAGUGAACCUGCAUGGGAACGAAAGUUUCCACUGUCCGUGACAAACACGUUUAAUGUUACCGUCCUUGGUCUGAAUACUGAUUUGCUACCGAUGAAAGAGUUUAUAGAAAGUUUUCCAAAGGAUUACAUGAUUACGUUGUCUGGCCAGGAGUGUUCCAAUUCACAGCUUUCGAUUACAUUUUGUACGACUGUUGGAGAAACUAAAAUGCUGGUUGCCUCUCCGUAUGGCUGGUAUUAUCGUGGUUGUCAUGCUUGCUCAUGUAUUGCGCGUGGUGACAGAGCUCCGUUUGAGUGUGAGGCUGGACAUUUCACUGAGGCAGAGAUUUUUAGGUAUAAGAUUGAGAUCGAAGUUACUCAUGCCGGGAAUAGCUGUAACUUUCUAUUUUGGGACCGAGAGUGUGAGUUACUUUUGGGAUUGUCUGCUUCUCAGCUGCGUCAUACAAUGAUUAAGGCUGGCAUUCAUGAUCCCUUGGAAUUCCCACUGGCAUUAGAUCAAAUGUUGGAUUGCAAGAUGGCUUUCAAAGUUAAGUGGCAACCACGUUGGAAGAAUGCCUCUGUCGUUAUGCUAUUGAAGAAUGACCCUUUUAUGAAACAACCUGUUGUCGAAGCAACGACCACUGUUCGAUCCGAACCUAAUUUUGUCGUCGUAAGGACGUUUACUGAUCUUGAUGUGAGUUCGACGCACAGCACAGAUCCACUUACUCCUACUGGAAAAAGACACUUUCCAGGCGCAUCAAGCGAGUCAACAACCUCGGAUGCCACAUGUGAUGGAGAACUUUCAUCAAACAAGUUAAAGAAAAUUAUAAAAAUUAAGAAGAUAGAUUAG